AUUUAAGAAAAAUCAAAUUUCUUCCACUCGGACCAACAGUUUGUUGGUCUUGUGAUUCUUCUUGGACAAUUCCUCAUAUUGUCUUUGUUUAAUGGGCCUCUUUACCCAAAAUCCCAACAGCAAAGAUGCUAACCGUUCUCUCCCGGAAAAGCUUUCCCUCCCAAUUCAAAAAUGAAAUGUCUCAGACCUCACUCAUCCUUUUCUUUGUCUUUCUGUAGAGGAUAACAAUGUGAACAAAAUAGAUGGAGAAUCACCUCUUAAGGCCAUGCCGUGAUGCUGCUUCCCGCAUAUAUAUGGCCCUAUUGCCUUCGGUUUUCGAACCCACAACGCAGAAAACCCGAAAUUCGUAAUGUCUGAGAGCCCUCCAAGAGUCAGAAUCAAUGGAAGCGAUGGAACCGAUGGCACAACCCCUGAGUACCGCCUCUACUGGUGCCACAAUUGCCAUCGGAGUGUGAGAAUUGCCCCCACGAAUUCGUCCGAAAUUGUCUGUCCUCGAUGUUUGGGGCAAUUUGUUGAGGAGGUUGAAAUUUCCAGACCAGGACUGGUGGAUUAUUUCCCUGCGUUUGAUGCCUCCCCUGAAGCUCGCUUACUCGAAGCGCUCUCUCUCCUGUUUGGCCUUGACCCUCCAAAUAGGGUGUUUGGUCGCAGUGGGCUUAGGGAGGAGCCUCGAGGUCGGCCUUGGUUCAGGCGUCGAACCAAUUCGGACCCUGAGCCUGAACUCCUCAGGUCACGUCGCAUAAGGAGAAGUCGUAGUUUAGAUGGUCAUGAGGAUGAUAGAGAACAGGAUGAAGCUCUGCCCCAUCGCAGGACUUGGAUCCUGGUCAGCCCAAUCGACCCUUCUAGUUCGGACCCCAACAGGCCCCGCUUUCUGCCACUGCCAGGGAGAGAAAGGCUCCCAGGUCUUGAUCCAAGAAAUUACUUUAUGGGACCAGGGCUGGAUGAGUUGAUUGAGCGAUUGACACAAGAUGACCGCCCCGGAGUUCCUCCCGCUUCCGAGAGAACAAUUGCGGCAAUACCAACAGUAAUCAUCACAGAAGGGCACUUGGUGCAUGACUCACAGUGUCCUGUCUGCAAGGAGGAGUUCAAGGUGGGUGAAACGGCAAGGGAGUUGCCUUGCAAACAUAUAUUCCACACAGACUGCAUUGUUCCUUGGCUAAGGCUUCAUAAUAACUGUCCUGUUUGUCGGCAUGAAGUGCCGGUAGUCACUGAAAGCUCUGAUCAUAGUGAUGAAUCUGGAGAGGACAGGAACAGAAGGUGCCCAAGGCUUCGGCAGCUGGCUAAUAAUCUAUGGCCAUUCCGUCCAAGUCCAAGGUUCCAGCGAAUCAGUACACCAGCUGAUGACCGCCGCUCUUCUCCAGGUAAUCAGAACUGAGUCUUUUGUGUUCACCUGAUUCACAUAUUUAUGGCUAAAAUAGGAAAAGAAAAUAACAUUUCCAUGAAAUGAGAGAAGAGAAUUCAAACUUGAAAACAAGUGAACAACAAAAAUUUAGUUUUGAU